CCAUUUUCUUUUCUUUUCUUGCCAAUUUCUUGAACCAAAUAUAGUGUUAAAGAAGCCAGCAAAGUUGCAAACGCUUUAGCGGGGCGCAAAGGCAAAUUCUUUCGUGGACCUAAGGUGGAGGAGACUAAGUGCGGAGAACAUCGCUGAGUUGACCAGGCGAGUGCAGGAGAAAGGUGCGUGGGAAUCGACCGGAGAGGCUACAGAUAUGUGGGUGCGGACUGCUAACUGCAUCAGGGAAUCAGCCAGGGAAGUGUUAGGUGUGAGCUCUGGCUCUGGGAGUAGGCGUCGGGGUGAUUGGUGGUGGAGCGAUUCAGUCCGAAGUAAGGUGGAAGCUAAGAAGGUGGCGUAUUUGAGGUACAUGGGCUGCAAUGUUGAGGAGGAAAGAGCGGCGUUGCGAGUGGAGUACAAGAAAGCGCGUAAAGAAGCUAAGUUAGAGGUAACGAGGGCAAAGAAUGCCGCUUUUGAACGCCUCUACAAGGAUAUUAAGGAGAAAGGCAGUGUUAAUCCACUGUUCCGGCUUGCUAAGGUGCGCGAGAGGAAGGCCCGAGAUCUAGACCACGUGAGAUGCGUGAAGGACAGCAAUGGUAGAGUGUUAGUUGAGACUGCCAAGGUGGCUAAGCGCUGGGGGGAGUACUUUAGUGAACUCUUAAAUGCGGGAGGAGACCAGAUGCUAGUUCUUGAUGAGUUGGGACAUCCUGGGGCAUCUCGUGUGUAUUGCCGGCGCAUUUGCUUGGAAGAGGUGGUUCGGGCUCUCCGCGUGAUGUCAUGGAUGCCUGAUGAGUGGAGGGAGAGUCUCUUGGUCCCUCUGUUUAAAGGCAAAGGUGACAUUCAGAGCUGCGAGAAUUACAGAUGCAUCAAACUGCUUAGCCACACCAUGAAGGUUUGGGAGCGAGUUAUUGAGUAUAGGGUGCGGAAAGAGGUUUGCAUCUCGGAGAACCAGUUUGGUUUCAUGCCUGACAGAUCGACUACAGAGGCCAUUCAUCUCGUGAGGAGGUUAAUGGAAGAGUAUAGGGCUAGGAAGAAGGACCUUCAUAUGGUGUUUAUUGACCUUGAGAAGGCGUAUGAUAGGGUGCCAAGGGAGGUCUUAUGGAGGUGCCUUGAGGCGAGAGGAGUUCCCAUCGUGUACACUCGCGCGAUCAAGGAUAUGUACGAUGGGGCUAUGACCAAGGUAAGGACUUCCGGGGGCGUCUCAGAUUCCUUCUCGGUAGGGAUGGGGUUACACCAAGGGUCUGCUCUUAGCCCUUUUUUGUUCGCCUUGGUGAUGGACGUCCUAACUCAAGGUGUUCAAGACGGGGUCCCAUGGUUGGAUAGGAUUUCGAAUGAGGUUAUCCGACUUCAAGUAGGUAUGGCACUGGUGGAAGACAAGUUGCGGGAAGCGAGGUUGAGGUGGCUUGGCCAUGUGAGACGGCGGGAUGCUGACGCCCCUGUACGGAGAUGCGAGAGGAUUACGAUUAUCGAGGGAAGUAGGGGAAGGGGUAGACCUAAGAAGAAUUGGGAGGAGGUGAUAAGACAGGAUCUAGGACUUUUCGACCUGACUGAGGAUAUGGCCCUAGAUAGGAACCUUUGGAGAACUAGGAUUAGAGUAGCUGGAUAGGAGCUCGGUGUUGUAGAGGUUGUUUUGUAGUGUGUUGUAUUUGUUGGGAAUCUUUUGCUAUUGUUUGUACUUGUUGCUUGUACUUGGUGCCUUAUCUGUGCUAUACUGUGUUCUCUUCCAUAUUUUUGUGCAGGUGGAGCCGGGGGUCUCUUGGAAACAGCCUCUCUACUUCCGAGUAGGGGCAAGCUUCUUCCCCCAUUAAUGGAGAUUUGAGAAGCUAACCCUAGGUUCGAAGAAAAGAACUCAAGACAAUGAAAAGUAGAAGUAGAU